CAUGUGUAUAUACAUUGUACAUAUCAUCAGACCAGUGCAUGCGAGCAUUCAUAGAAUGGUGUUACCCAGAAAAAGAAUAAAAUGGAGAUAGACAGUCUGAGACACUGUAUUCCAAAAGCAUUGUGAUUGUUAAGGUGGUGGAAGUUGUGACGUGAGGACGCAUUUCUGAACUUCCCUGAUAACAAGAUUUCAGGUCAACCGACUUUGACAUUCCAAGAUGGGUCUUGGUUGUGGAGGAACGAUGGGGAAAAUUUUCCUGAUUGGCAUCAACAUAAUAUUUUUUGUGCUUGGUUUGGGAUUGCUGAUAGUAGGUGCUUUAAUGAAAGCCAAUGUGAAGAUUAUUAAGGAGGAACUCAAACCAGCUCUCAACUCGGUGACUGUCAGUUCGUAUAAACUCGGAGACCUGACCGACAAUCUCUCCAUUGUUUUCAUAGCCAUUGGGGUGUUUAUCUUCCUCGUCGCCGGUCUGGGUCUAUUCGGUGCUUGCUGCCAAAACAGAUGCAUGCUGGUCACGUACGCCAUAUUGGUACUGAUAUUGCUGAUCAUUAAAAUAGUUGCAAUAGCUCUGUGGUUCACGAUGAAAGGAGAGGUAGAGGACAAGGUGCGAGAGGAAAUGCUGAAGUCCCUAAAUGGCCACUAUACAAGCAACAUGCUAGACAGCGAUAAUGAAAUCUCUAAUUCGUGGAACUACAUGUUUCUGACGUUGGAUUGUUGCGCAGUCAAUCCUGUGACAGGGGUUGCUAACGACUUCAAACAAACCCCAUGGUGCACGACAGCUGGUACCUGUCAACAAUCGAACGCCGACCUUCCUGGGACGUGCUGCACGGGUGUAGAUGCUAACACCUACCGCACCGCUCCCUCCGACUGUACUUCAGCCAUUAGCGGCUACAAUACAAUGGGAUGUUACGAUGCUCUGAAGGACGAGAUAAACUCGUAUUCCACUCCGAUUAUUGGUGUUGGGGUUACGAUUCUUAUCAUUGAGCUCCUUGCUGUAAUAUUUGCGUUCGUAAUUUGCAAGCAGAGUGGACAGGACGAGGUUGUAUAAGAAAGAUUUACUGUUGAUGUAAGGGAAACAACUUCAGCAGACUAUGUGAUGCUACCAAGGCUUGGCUUUGUGUUCACAUUAAUCAAAUUAUCAUGUACAUGUAUCAGGAUUGACGAUAGUGCAUACUGAAAUUAAAUUUAUGUAAACAUCUUGAGGGAAAUAGAAACAGGAUGUUUACAAAACAUUACACAAAGUAUAAUUGAUAGAGGUUUCGUAAUCUUGGAAGAUCUGAAAUUUAUUUCCGAGAUCGUGCAUGCUUUAUGUGAUUAUUUCAUAAAUGACUUAUCUACAGUGUAUAGUAUAACAAUGAUCACGUGUGAACAAUGUACAGUAUAAAUGUACAUAAAUGACGUGCGUAUCGAUAUAACACUAAACAUAUGUGAACAGUUUACAGUAUGUAUACAAUAUACAUGUACUGCAUAAUUCAAUCGCAUCAAUAUAGGGUAAAGAAAACCGGAAAUACAUUGUAUUCAUAGUCUCAUUUUUUUAUUUACGAAUUGAACUUUUAUUCCGAAAGAAAAUUUUUAUUCAUCGCCCAAUCAAUAGUAUCGUGUUCCGGAUUUAGAUGUUCAUUAUUUUUAAGAUUGCACAUUAGAUACCAAGAAUCACCGUACAAUUGUUAUGGAACACAAAAAAAAUACCUGAAAUACGUGUCUUGGGGUACAAAUAUUGAGGAUACACUGGAUAAACCAGAAACAGUAAAACCGAGCAGAUACAGAACAUUGAAUUGAAGGAACACUAUUCCAGUGUAUCGUUUGACCAUUAUGUUUUAUUGACUUCUGAUUACUUUAUACCCACAACUCUUGUAUAUAUGUAGAUUCUUUAUAUUUUGAUUUUGUGGUGGUAUUUAUCGCGAUUAGAGUACUAUUCUUCAGUUUAUCACGAGCUGGACUGCUGAAUACUGUAUAUCGGAUCAUUUUAGUGUGUUGGAAAUUUGGGCUUUUUUACGCAUGAGAACAUUUCGUCAAUAAUAACGCCAAAAUUUCUAUUCAUAUUGAUCAUACACUUAUUGAAUAUAAUUACGCCAAUGUUUGAAGUAUUCUGCCAAAUAUUCCAGCAAAAAUUACCCGAUAUAGGAUCUAUUUUAUUACUGUGUGUAACUUUGUCAGUGCCGUCUAAACAUUUGCUUUUUCUUUAUCAGUGUUUUAAAUGUUUAUACCAUACUUUUGAUAAUAAAAGCCACGAGCCAUUG